AUGGCCGAUAAACAGAAUUGGCGAAAAGAAGAAGAAGAAGAUGAGGAGGAACAAGAACUUGACGAGAACAGCUAUAAGGCACAGAAGGAUGCCAUCUUGCUUGCGAUUGAUGUUAGCAAGUCCAUGUUAGAGCCGCCGCCGCCUUCGGAUUCCAAAAAGGCAGAUCGCGACAGCCCUGUCCAAGCGGCUUUAAAAUGUGCCUACCAUCUCAUGGAGCAACGCAUCAUCUCUAAUCCCAAGGAUAUGAUGGGCAUUCUUCUCUUUGGUACUGAGAAAUCAAAAUUUCGGGACUCUGUAGAUGGUCGAAGUGGUCUGGGUUACCCUCAUUGUUACCUAUUUACUGAUCUCGACGUGCCGGCGGCAGAAGAUGUGAAGACUCUCAAGGCCUUGGUCGAAGAUGGUGAGGACGAGGAUGAGGUACUGACACCUUCGGAUGAGCCUGUAAGCAUGUCGAAUGUGCUAUUCUGCGCGAACCAGAUCUUCACAACAAAGGCUGCGAACUUUGGCAGUCGUCGUUUGUUUAUAGUAACUGACAACGACGAUCCUCACGCAUCUGACAAACAGGCCAAGUCCGCUGCAGCGGUACGAGCCAAGGAUCUGUACGAUCUUGGGAUUCUGAUAGAUUUAUUCCCCAUUACCCGUGGAGACGAGAAAUUUGAUCUCAACAAGUUUUAUGAUGACAUCAUCUAUCGUGACCCUGUUGGAGAGGCGAACAUGUCAGAAGUUCGAACAUCGAAAUCUGGAGACGGACUGACACUGCUCAACUCGCUCAUCUCAAAUGUCAACACCAAACAAACUGCAAAGCGAGCACUGUUCUCAAAUUUGCCAUUCGAGAUUGCUCCUGGGCUACGCAUCUCAGUCAAGGGAUAUAACAUCGUUCAUCGUCAAACACCAGCGCGCACUUGCUACAUUUGGCUGGACGGUGAAAAGCCACAAAUUGCUACAGGUGAAACUACACGAAUCGCGGAGGAUAGCGCCAGGACCGUUGAAAAAGCAGAGAUAAAGAAGGCGUACAAGUUUGGCGGCGAAUACGUUUACUUCUCCCCUGACGAACAGAAGUCAUUGAAGGAUUUUGGAUCACCCAUCAUUCGUAUCAUCGGCUUCAAACCGCGCAGUUUGCUUCCCGUAUGGGCCAGCACCAAGAAGUCUACGUUCAUCUUCCCCAGCGAAGAAGAUUAUGUUGGUUCGACCAGGGUAUUCGCAGCACUUUGGCAGAAACUUCUCAAGGAUGACAAAAUGGGUGUCGCUUGGUGCAUCACCCGUGCUAAUGCGCAGCCAAUGUUGGCCGCUGUCAUACCGUCUAGAGAGCGGUCCGAUGAUGACUCGGGAACACCUUAUCUGCCUGCUGGCCUUUGGAUCUAUCCUCUGCCAUUCCAGGAUGACCUGCGAAAUAUCAACCCACCAAGCGAAGUGCUACGAAGUUCUGGAGAACUCACAACGCAGAUGCGAACUAUCGUUCAGCAACUCCAACUGCCAAAGGCGAUGUACAAUCCAGCAAAAUACCCCAACCCCGCGUUGCAGUGGCAUUACAGAAUCCUUCAAGCUCUUGCUCUAGAGGAAGAGGUACCCGAGAAGGCGGAUGAUGCAACGGAGCCGAAGUACAAAGCAAUCAGCAAACGAGCAGGCGGUUAUUUGGAAGAAUGGUCGGAGUCACUAGAAGAGGAGUCUGGCAAAGUUGCGAACAAAAAAUCGACUAAGCGAGAAACAGACGAUGAAGAUAUGGAUAGGCCGGCGAAGAAAUCGAGAGGCACAUCGGAGAAGGCAUCCGGUUCUUCCUUCAGUAUGGCUCAAUUGAAGGCCGCAAUCGAAGGCGGGACUAUACAAAAAAUGACGGUAGUUCAGCUUAAAGAUAUACUGGCUACCAAGGCACCCGUUAGUGGCUCUCAGUGGCGAGGCGCUCAACUCACGCCCACUAAAUCUCAGGCCCAUGCAGAGUUAGAGCUAAACACUCCCCGGCCCCUUACCUCAUCUGUCAAAUCUGUAGCUCCACCAUCACCCACCUGCGCGUUCGUGAGCCCGCAAACGCCAGGACAGCGUCGCCCGAACAUCCCAUCGGCAAUACUUGUAGCCUCAUCGCCUCAGAAGGAGCCGGGCGCUGACGAGUAUACCUCAAGGCUAUUGCGUCUGGCGCGACGCCCACCAACCUGCGAGCAACGCACCACCAUGGCCGAUUUCCUCGCAAGCCUUGGUCUUGGCGGCGCGCAGACACCAGCCGCGUCAAGUAAUCCGCAAUGCGAUUCGGUCGAGGAGCUCCAGUUCAAACUACGAAGCAUACUAGAUGCCAAGGCGACACCCACCCGGGCCGAACAUGUGACUCUGACAAUCGAAUUGAGAGCUACGGUACGAUUUCAGUUGCCUGUGUCAGAAUCGGAGAAUGGGACACUCGAGAGCCUAAAUAACAUUGAUCCGUCACUGGGAGGAGCACAAUUUGUAGGAAUGAAUGGCAAUCAUGAUGAAGGACAGCUAUCGCGCGUGGUAUUUGCCAAUGACACACUUAUGAAUCAACCACAAGAUGACCCGACCCUUCAACGAUCUGUCGCCAAACAUAUCAUUUCAAUAGUCAGCUCAACCGACGGGAGUACCUGGACCGUUCGAGAAGUGUCGCGAGGUACACAGGGUUGGACUUUUACGUAUUUGUGCAAGGACUCAUAUCAGCAAUGGACUCGACAGAAUGCGAAGAACCCAACGAAAACAAUAGUAGGAGAGUUCAGUUAUAGAGAGCCUGACCCAGUUCUGCAUGCUCGACCUGCUUUUGACUGUCGAGGAUCUAUCACGAUUGCCUUCAACCGCGGCAGUCGCUCCAUCACAGUGAAAUACGACCAUACUCCUUUGCACAAAACUGUUGCCGAGCUGGCCGCCCACUUCAAGCCUGCCCCUCGUCAACUGGGACCAGGCGCGCAAAAACUCCAGGAACAGCAGCAGAAGGCUAAAGAGAAGACGCCAAGGAAACCCAGAGGCGAGAAGAAAGACAAGAGGGAGAGAAAGAAGCGGGAUUCGACUAUAAAGGCGCAAGAUGAGAAUGGUAAUCCCCGGAAACGAAAGAAGAAAAACAACGGUACAUCUCAACCGACGGACUCAGUAGACGGACCGAUGAUUUCCCCAGACUAUCCUGGGGCACCAGCAAUCGAUGGGCAAAACCAAGGGGGUCGGUCGUAUAUGAACGGCGGAGAAGCAUCGGGCAAUCCUGGGCAGCAAGGAUUCAACGAUUAUCCUCAAGGGUUGAUGGGGGACGCAUCAGCAACGACAAAUGGAACUUCGUCUCAGCAGGCGAACGGCCAGAUGGCUUCAGUUGCUUUCCCAGUUAAUGUCUCAGCCGCUGAAGCAGCACGUCGAAAAGAGGCAGCCACGACAAUGCUUAGCAACGCUGGUGUCGAUCCCACCACAUUGUCUCCUGAGCAGUUUGGUAUUUUCGCCAACCAAGCACCAGAGUUACAACGCGAGUCAUUGAAUAUGCUUGUCAAAUAUGGCGCAGAACGGCUCCGGAUUGUCCAUCCAGGUAACAAGGAAGGCUCUACACAGGCAAACUCUUCAACACAGAGCAGUCAGACAGCUUCAACUGGACCUAGAACCACCAAAGAACUAGUGCCCCAGUCAAGUGCUCAGAGCAACGCGAAUACAGAUACUGAGACAGCGGUAGCUCAGGCUGCUGACGACACCUCCACUCCUAAGCGCAAGAGGAAGAAGAUGGGCAAGUCGAGAACAGCUUGUUUCCCCUGUAAGGCACGGAAGACAAAGUGCCCAAGGGAACAACCAAUCUGCACCGAAUGUGCGAAUCAUGGGGCUGCAUGUGAAUAUGCACCACAGAAACCAAGAAACAAGGCAACGAAGCCCAAGAAGUCUGAGGCUAUCGUUGUUGACGAUGACGAUGACGAUGACGAUGACGAUGACGAUGACGAUGGCGAUGAGGAAGAUGAAGAGGUUGAACAGCAGGAAGAUGCUGAGGGAGAAGGUACCGAACAGGAAGAUGACGAACAACAAGACACUUCACAGGACUACUCAUACCCUCAGAUGAAUAUCGGAAACAUGGUCACCAACACUGACGGAACAACUCAAGAUACCCACUCCACACAAAACAACUACUACCAGCCUACCUCCGGUCUAGUUCUUCCUCAGCCAGACCCUUACUCGACCAGCUCUCAAGCAAUGGGCACAUCAGUAUCGCAGAGAGGUAACUACUCUCACAACCUGCCAGAAGUGACACAACCCAUGGUCCACCCAGCCCCUCCUAUCCCAGCACCAGCUGGAACGAUCGCUCCCGCUGAAACAAGGCGAUGGACCGCCUUUGGUAGCGGUAGUGUCAAUGGAAGUAGCACCAGCAAGACACGAAGAAGUCUUCCGUCUGAGCCCAGCCAUCCAAAUACACAAAACAUUCCUGCAAACCCACAGCCAUCAGACUGGGCUCAAACUUCUAACGCGACUAUGCCUGCAACAACAAUGGCAUCUGUUUCUCCGCAGAUGACAUACGAGACACGCUCAAGCGGAAGGACUCGACAGAAGAAUCAGAGCCUAACGAAUGAUGCUUCCCAACAAGCUACAGCAGUGGCCAAUACGGUCAUACAGCAGGCUCAGGCACGUCAAUCGCCCGCCGCUGCGGCAGCCAUGACGGCACAAGCCCGCAAAUCUCCUUACCAACAACCUGCUGUUCCUCGCACGACUUCUAGAACAAGCCAGCGAAACCAGUCUCGCACACCUGUGAGUGAGCAGGCACGAGGUUACCAACCUCCUUCCGACAUGGAUCAGCAGCAAAAUCCGCGAGGCAGCACUCAUUACGAUACAUCACACAUGUCCAGUGGUUCCGGCUAUAAUGACUAUGGGCGUUACAGCGGCACUAGCACCGGAGCAAGCCAUCAGCCACCCACAACCAUGAGCACAUCUUAUCAGACUACUUCUUCCACUGCAAAUCAGUGGUCUAAUUCUUCGAGUCGAAACGAUCGCUCAUAUGACACCAACCCAUCAUAUCAAACGCCUAAUAUUCACGUACAGACAACAGCGUCAAAGCCAGCGGCAUCCCGCCAGAACUUUAAUAUGCGCGCAAACACACAACAGCAUACUCGUGCUAGCAGUGGUUCAUACAACCAGCAGAAACAACAGCAGGGUUAUCCAUCAUACUCUGGAUCUACACACCAGAACCAACAGGGUCAGGCAUCAAACCAGCAACAGCCGUCAAGCUGGUACUUCCAAAACUCGCACAACCCUUCUAUUAAUCCUGGAGGCCAGUCGUCUGGUUAUAACUAUGAGACAUGGUCAGGCGUUUAG